UGUGCUAUUUUCCCUCGACGUGGGACGGUGUUUGGUACGACAGUGGAAUGGGAAACAUAACAUUGGACAGAAAUAUGCACAGGGUCACAUCAGGGUGGACAUUUCAAGUACACGGGACACAAAUGGAGACUUGGACGUGCCAGAAUCAAAUAAAUGAUACAGACACUAUGCUUUUCAAGUCUGACAAAAUAGUCGAAAUUAACUCUAUUAAGUACAACGUAUUUCGGUGUAUAAAGUACACACGCCUUACCAAUUAUUCCUACAUAUAUUAUGUUCUUAAUGAUGUGGAGACAAAUGCGGGUAAUCAGCGGGUUAAGGUAGAAUUACACGACCCAUCGGUCAACAGCUGGGACCCUGCUACCUAUUGUAAUCCCACUAGUGGUCCAGGACAGGAGGAGUACCAUGUACUGGUCAAAGCAGGCUAUACAAAUGAAGUAAAACAAUGGUGCCCUGUCCCAUUGCUUGGGAAGUUUACUUACCAACACCACGACGGACUAACCGCCACGUGCUCCUCUUCCUCUGACCUCAGAGUGUGUCCCGAUUGGACAACAAUGGCAUUCAACUACAGCCUGUGCAGCACAACGCAAGCCUUUUCUCAAGAGGGGAUUGUUCACUGUGUAAAUACGGUUACUGUCGGUUCUACAUAUUACGUCACCGUGUUAAACCCCGGAUUAGUGGAUGGCACUCAGUAUCGCCGAUUCACCUGUUAUGCUCUCACCUCGAGUGGCUCUACAAUCCAAAUGAGCGACAGCGCCGGAAGUUGCCAGGCAGGGCAGGUUGCCACGGUCAAGCAAACGGACGGAAGUGGAACUCUGACCCUGACCUCAUACGAGUCUUGUCGUAAGUAGACAAAUUUACAUUAGAUAUUUAUCCCAAUGAUAAAACAUAAUUUUACUUCCUAAAUGAAAAUAUUAUUACAUUGAAAAAAGAAAUGGACGGUUUAUGCAAUAGGAAUCGUGAAACAUGCUGCUGUAACGAAUGAACCGUAUCCUUUAUCAGUGUUAACAACUAAAUGUUGCUGUUUUUGUGUUAUUUGUGUAUGUCCUGUCUUGUUGCUUUUGCUUCUUGCUUUUGGGGGGGAUGCUAUUAUUUCUGCACGUUUGAACUUGUUUCCAAUAUACGAAUGAAGCUAUUAAAUAUCUAUAAAUAGCUAUCUUAAAAAUUAUAAAAGGACUUUAAAAUUAUCUAUAAUUGAUAAUAUUUAACCAAUUUUUACAAAAACCUGAUUUUUUUUAAAUUGGUCAAUUAAUGUUAUCACUACUCACCUUUUCGUUUGUUUCUUUUUGUCAUUGAUCUAUUCAUGUUGUCUACAUGUAGACGGGUCUUGCACAUUGCCUUCGGACUGGAAUGGGGCAUGGUUAGAUACUGAAAAAGAUAGCAUAACAUUUGAUUCUGCAACAAAAAGGAUCAGUAACGGUUGGUCAAUAUCAGCGUACAACAACUCCGUGUCUAGCUGGACUUGCCAUAACGACAACACAACCCAAAACUACCUCCUGUUUAAAGCUGAUGAUUUGAUGGACGUGUCUGGGACGAAAUACAAUGUCUUCCGUUGCAUAAAAUGGAAAAAGCUGACUCCAAAUUCUUAUAGAUACUAUAUCCAAGAAG